AUGAGUAUAAUUUGUUACUGGUUUUCUUCAGCCAUUGAUCAGGACUUCUCUUUUGGUCUCUCCUCACAGAUAUGUAAAACCCAAGAGUCCAAGGUGGCUGCUUCAUACUGCAGCCCCCCAGUGCCGGUCCACUUCAACAUACAGCAGGACUGUGGGCAUUUUGUGGCCUCUGUCCCCUCCAGCAUGUUGCUGGCCUCCAAUGUGGGGAAGAGCGUGUCUGGGGAUGGCCUCCGUCCCUCCCGCACCACCAGUGAGCAUGACUGUGUGGUGGUCAUCACCCGUGAGGUGCCAAGCCAGACCACUGCCGACUUUGUGAGGGAGUCGGUGGCGCUGCACCAAGCCAAACCUGAGAUGUACGAACGUCGGGUUUGCUUCUUGCUCCUCCAGCUCUGCAAUGGCCUGGAGCAUCUAAAAGAGCACGGCAUCAUCCAUCGGGACCUGUGUCUGGAGAACCUUCUUCUUGUCCCCUGCAAGCCCCCUAUGAGCUGUGCGAAAGCCAGAGAUGAUAGAAAUUUGCCCCGCCUCAUCAUCAGCAAUUUUUUGAAAGCUAAACAGAAGCCAGGAUCUGGAGACUCCAAACUGAAGAAGAGCCAGGCCCGGCUGGCCCCGGAGAUUGUGUCAGCUUCUCAGUACAAGAAGUUUGAUGAGUUUCAGACUGGAAUUCUCAUCUAUGAGCUCCUGCACCAGCCCAACCCCUUUGAGGAGAAGGUGCACCUCAAGGAGCAGGAGUACAGCCCUGAAGACCUCCCUUCUCUGCCCAGCUUGUCGAUCUACUCCCGGGGGCUCCAGCAGCUGGCCCACCUGCUUCUGGAAGCAGAUCCCAUCAAACGCGUGCGGAUCACCGAGGCCAAGCGGAUGCUGCAGUGCUUGCUGUGGGGGCCACGGAAGGACCUGACCGAACAGCCCCUCAGCCACGAGGAAGCCCUCCACCAGGUGCUUCAGAACUGGGUGGACAUGAAGCGUGCCCUGCUGAUGAUGAAGUUUGCGGAGAGGGCUGUGGACACGGAGCGGAGCGUGGAACUGGAGGACUGGCUGUGCUGCCAGUAUUUGGCCUCUGCUGAGCCUGUCUCCCUCUCACACACAUUAAAACUGCUGCAGCUGCUCUGACCUUGGACAUGUCUCAGAGGUAGCUGAGGGCUCCUGAUUGCCUUGUAGUGAAAGGUACACAGCCCCAUUAAAAUGUGAGAGGCUUGAAUCUCGGCUGUGAACAUGUGUUCAUUUCCUAUCCUGAGCUCUGAUCGAUGUAAGACAUGGUUAGUACUCUGAGCACUAAUUUGCGAGCAGGCAAAACUGGGAGCCUACUCCUCUAAAGGAGGACUUUUUUUUGUAUGGUAAGUCUGUGGACUAAUAAACUCCUGCCUUUGUGUGCAUGUUUCUCAUGAACAAAACGUACUUGAGUUGGUUUCUGCACAUGUGGGACGAUCCUUUGGUCCCUACUCAGAUCACCAGAGUGGGCAGGCUGACUUACUCUUCUUGGGAGCAAAAGCAAUACAUAUAACUCGCCUUUGUGAGGAAGAACCACAAGGGGCUUUCAAGUUGAUGUGUGUUUUGACAUCCAUUUUGUUUCUCACUUUUACAACAAAAAUCACGACUGUAUAAGCUGUAUUUUCUGCUGUGAGAAAUGCAUUGUCACCUGCCUAUUACCAUUUCUAGGUGCUAAUACAGCAUUGCCUUCCUGUCUUGAACUGCAGCCUUGUAGCUGCUCAUUUGUGCAAGGAUGAGAGAGCCAGGAUGGGGCUGUUCACAGAGAUGCAGCUGAAUGCUGGGAAUUACCCCUUGUAAAGUUAAUGAAAUGGAAAAUCCCCAAUUCACCUCCAAGGCCUCAGGGAAGAAAGUCAGGGCCAGGCCACUUUGCUUUCCCCAUCCAUCCAACACCUUUCCAUCACCAGGUAACUUACCUGUCCCUUGUGUGUAGCGUUUAUUUAACCCCUUAACUGUGAGAUUAGCUGGCCUGGCCACAGUAGCCUUUGGUCUGAGAGGCCCUUAUUACUGCUGGUGUUUGCAUUACAGAUGUAUAGGGUGGGAUGCACUGAAUGUUCUUCCAACAGAUGUGGCACCAUGGAAGAGAGCAAAGCUGCUUAGCCCCUCCCAGCUCCUUUCCCUCCAUCAAGACAUACAGCAGCCACCUGGCUUUGUGGAGAUGCCAUGCUGCUGCUAAUUUUUCAGGAAGAUUUGGAGGCUAGUUUUACUCUCUUUCACUCCAGAAUGAGGCAGAGAUUAGCUGCCCUGCUACAGUUCUGCAGUCACUGGCUGAGGAGUAGGUUUGGGGCUUAUGAAGAGAGCCCAGUAUCAGCUUUGCUGAGGGAGGACAUCACCAGCUGAGCUACCCCCAGCUCAGCUGAAAACAAGGAGAUAUUUAUUCAAGCUGAAAAUGAGGAGAAAGCUUUCCAUCAGCCUCACUUCACUUCCAGCUCUAGCCUGCUCUCUUGUGGGAAUUUUAAUUCCCCAGGGUUUUUGACACAUUGUACACUUUCUGUGAAUCUUCUCCAGGCUUCUCACCUGGAUUUUUUUAAUCUAUUUGGCUGUGGUUACUGCUGAUGGGAGGGGAUGGUUCCUUGGCUGGGCACCCAUUUGCAAUGAAUUUCCCCCAACCCCCUUAGGGAGGAAGUCUUGCACGUCCCUGCCUGCUGAAAGAAUGUGGGAUGACUCCAACUGUGACUGUCGGGGAUUUUUUUAUGUACUGGCUUUCUUGUGCUUGACUCUUCCAUACACUUCUCUCCAAUAGGCAGCAUGAACCUUCUUGCUUGGGAACCACUGUCCUGUGGACCAUCCUUCAUGCUUUACCCUGGAAAGUCUGGCCCCAGUCUGCUGCAUGUGAUCUUUUAACAGUUGUGCUGGCAAAGGGAGAUAGAUAAUAUAUGUGGCAAGUGGCUUGCAAGGCUCAGCUGAGUGCUCAGCAGGACCCAAACAUCCAGCUAGCCCACAUAAAGCAAGAUCAUUUUGCAUGCUGAGUUUAGUAACAAAUGUCCACCCUGAUGUAAGUAUUGCUGUGAGGUCUGCAUGGUGUAGGAUUUGAACCUGAUUGUAAUGCUUUCACUUGAGUUGGGGUGUUUGAGACUGCUUCUGGUAUUGAUCCUGGUUCCCUGCAGCAGCAUCUCCCAUACAUCAGAGGCCAACAACAGUCUUGUAACGUUUUCA